AUGAGCAGUCAAAACGGCGGUAUGGCUGUCAAUCAGUUUUGCAAUGGUGGCAUGGCACGUCCACAGGAGAUAGAACUUACGGCACGCUUUUCGAAACAAAUGGCCCAACUUUGCAUGUCACCAGACUACUCCGAUGUGACCUUCAUCGUGGAGAAUCAACGUAUUCCAGCGCACCGCGUCAUACUGGCCGCCAGAAGCGAGUACUUUCGUGCGCUACUAUACGGUGGAAUGCAGGAAACCAAACAGGACGAAAUCACCCUUCACAUACCGCUGAUGGCGUUCAAGUCAUUGCUAAAGUACAUCUACUCCGGCAGCAUGUCGCUGGUGCAUAUGAAGGAGGAGCAUCUUCUGGACACACUCGGGCUUGCCAAUCAGUACGGAUUUGCCGAUCUAGAAAUGGCCAUAUCAGACUACUUGCGUCAAGUGCUUUCACUCAGCAAUGUGUGCGCUGUUUUAGACGCGGCUCGGUUGUUUGCACUAGACGGUUUGACCACCGUGUGCCAUUCGUUUAUGGAUCGGAAUGCGUCGGACAUUUUGCAGCACGAAUCAUUCAGCAAUCUGUCGCUAGAUUCGCUCAGUAGCCUACUGCUGCGAGAUUCAUUUUUUGCACGCGAAGUGGAAAUAUUCCAGGCCGUGCACGACUGGUGCCGAUGCAACGCGGACAGCGGACAACAUGUUGACACUAUUGUAGGAAAGGUACGUUUCGCGCUGAUGUCGUUGGAUGAACUUUUGACUGUUGUACGCCCGUCCGGUAUUCUCGACCCGGAACGUCUGUUGGAUGCAAUAGCGGAGAAAAUUUCCUCCAAGCAACUUCCCUACCGUGGCGCACUAUGGCCGGAAGAAAACGUUGCCACGCCAAAGUUUAAUUCGCGAACGAUUCAUGGUGAGAUACGGUCCGCACUGCUGGACGGUGACACGGUGUCGUACGACAUGGAGAAAGGGUACACGCGACACUCGAUCGGUGAAACGGGCGAUGGCAAUGGGAUCAUUGUCGAGCUCGGCAAGCUGUUCAUCAUCAACCACAUCAAGGUGUUGCUUUGGGAUCGAGACACUCGCUCGUACAGUUACUACAUCGAGGUGUCGGUGAACCAGCGAAGCUGGGAGCGGAUCGUGGACCACACAAAGUACCCCUGUCGUUCCUGGCAAUAUCUAUAUUUUCCCGCCCAGGCCGUCCGGUAUAUUCGACUUGUCGGCACCCACAACACAAUGAAUAACGUUUUCCACGUUGUUGCGCUGGAGGCUAUGUUCACCGAAACGACAACACCGUUAGUGGACGGCAUUCUUCAGCCGACGCAUAAUGUAGCCACGGUUGAACGGAGUGCCACCGUGGUGGAAGGUGUCAGCCGGACGCGUAACGUUCUACUGAACGGCGAGGUGAAGAACUACGAUUGGGACUCGGGUUACACUUGCCACCAGAUUGGCGAGGGGGUGAUACUGAUACAGCUUGGUCAGCCCUACUGGAUCGAUUCGAUGCGGUUGCUGCUGUGGGAUUGCGACAAUCGUUCGUACAGCUUCUACAUCGAGGUGUCUGUCGACAUGAAGGACUGGGAGGUGGUGGUGGACAAACAGACGGACCAUCUGAAAUCCUGGCAACAUUUUACCUUUCUGCCGAAGGUGGUCGUUUAUAUACGUAUCGUUGGUACGCACAACACAGCGAACGAAAUGUUUCACUGCGUGCACUUCGAGUGUCCGUCGCAGGAUCCCGAUUUUUUAAAAUCUGAACGAAAUUUUUCCGCACCAAUCAUUGAGGAGAUAUCGUCGACAGGAGCGAGUGAGUCAAACGCUCGUGAAAGCAUAACGGAUUGA